CCCCCACUGUUUCUCUUAUAGGGGUUCAGCAGUUGCAAAAAUAAUUGGUGACAAUGUCAAGAAACUUCAGAAGUUUGCCUCCACGGUCAAGAUGUGGGUCUUUGAAGAAACGGUUAAUGGGAGAAAACUGACAGACAUCAUAAAUAAUGACCAUGAAAAUGUAAAAUAUCUCCCUGGACACAAGUUGCCAGAAAAUGUGGUUGCUGUCUCGAACCUCGGGGAGGCGGUGCAGGAUGCAGACCUGCUGGUGUUUGUCAUCCCCCACCAGUUCAUUCACAGGAUCUGCGACGAGAUCACCGGGAGAGUGCCUAAGGACGCGCUGGGCAUCACCCUCAUCAAGGGCAUUGACAAGGGUCCUGAGGGGCUGAAGCUCAUUUCCGACAUCAUCCGGGAGAAGAUGGGCAUUGACAUCAGCGUGCUGAUGGGCGCCAACAUUGCCAACGAGGUGGCUGCCGGGAAGUUCUGCGAAACCACCAUUGGCAGCAAGAUAAUGGAGAAUGGCCUACUCUUCAAAGAACUUCUGCAGACUCCAAAUUUUCGAAUUACAGUGGUCGAUGACGCAGACACCGUGGAACUUUGUGGUGCUCUGAAGAACAUCGUGGCCGUGGGCGCCGGGUUCUGCGACGGCCUCCGCUGCGGUGACAACACCAAAGCGGCCGUCAUCCGCCUGGGGCUCAUGGAGAUGAUCGCCUUCGCCAGGAUCUUCUGCAAGGGCCAGGUGUCCACCGCCACCUUCCUGGAGAGCUGCGGCGUGGCCGACCUGAUCACCACCUGCUACGGGGGCCGGAACCGCCGGGUGGCCGAGGCCUUUGCCAGGACGGGAAAGACCAUCGAAGAACUAGAGAAGGAGAUGCUGAACGGGCAGAAGCUGCAGGGACCCCAGACUUCGGCCGAGGUGUACCGCAUCCUCAAGCAGAAGGGGCUGCUCGACAAGCUGCCCUGAUCACCAGCUUUGACCUAUAGAAUGUGGCGGAAAUGAUGCUGUACAGCUUUCAAGGCUGGGCCUUAAGGGAUCUGCAGCUUCUCCUUUUGCUCAUCGUGUUCUGUCCUAGAAGCCUGUUACCAUGUAGAGGUCCACCUGCUCUGCAUUCGCCAGGCUGUGAGGAAGCCUCACGGAGAGAGGCUGGGGAGAGGAGCACUGAGGUGCCUGAGUGGGAGUGACAGCCGUUCAGACUUCCCAGGCCUGCCCAGCCACCCGCUGAAAGCAGCUGAGUGAGUGACUGCAGCCCACACCACGUGGAGCAGAAGACUCUACCCAUCAAGCUCUGCCUAAAUACCUGACCCACAGAUUCAUGAGUAAGUAAGAUGGUUGUGAUUUUACACCACUGAUGUUUGGGAGCAUUUAUCACAUUGCAGGAGAGAACCCAAACACACAUUUCUGUCAUUCAUACAUUUUCAUUGCAGAAAACUAGUGCAUGUGAUUAAAGUACCACUCCAGACCUCACAGAGAGUGUUAUAUCAUGUAUGGUGUAUGUACAUUUUACCUAUCUAGAAUAUAUGUAUAUUUUUAAUGAAGGCACUGGAGAUUGAACCCAGGACCUCGUGCACACCAAGAAUGUGCUCUGCCACUGAGCUAUACCC